AUGCCCUCUGGAUACUCAGUUCAAGGAAAGAACAAAGUUUGUAAAUUAAACAAGAGUUUGUAUGGCCUCAAACAAGCCUCUCAACAAUGGUAUGCUAAAUUUUCUUCUUCUUUGUUACAAUUUGGAUUUACUCAGUCAAGAGCUUAUUACAGUCUCUUUACUAAAGGCAGUGGUUCAUCCUUUCUAGCUCUACUUAUGUAUGUUGACGAUAUUAUUGUAGCUUCUAAUGAUCCCCAUGGUAUUUCAGCUCUCAAGGCCUUCCUAGAAUCAAAAUUCAAGAUCAAAGAUCUUGACAUACUUGAUGAUGCUGGCUUAACUGGUUGCAAGCCUAGCUUCAUUCCCAUGGACCCGAAACUCAAACUCACUAAGGAUGAAGGCCAACUGCUACACGAUCCAUUAGAAUUUAGAAGGCUCAUUGGGAGACUCCUUUACUUAACAAUCACACGACCUGAUCUUAUAUUUUCUGUUAACUUACUCAAUCAAUACAUGAAUGCUCCUCGGCUUCCACAUCUUCAAGCAGCUUACAAGGUGUUGCAUUAUGUCAAAAAAUCUCCUAGCCGAGGCUUAUUAUUUCCUGCCUCAUCUUCUUGUCAAUUAAUCUCUUAUUGUGAUUCCGAUUGGGCAUCAUGCCCAAAUACAAGAAAAUCUACUACUGGCUACUGUGCGUUCCUUGGGCAGUCUCUCAUUUCGUGGAAAUGCAAGAAGCAAACCUCCAUUUCUCGUAGUUUAACUGAGGCUGAGUACCAUUCUAUGGCUGCUACUUCUUGUGAGCUUGUCUAG